GGUGACUCCGUGAGCCCAUUCAGCGAAGAUGGCGAGCGGAGGGGUCUCGGUGGCUUCUCUGUGGACCGAAGUGAACCGUUGCGGGCAGAAUGGAGACUUUACCAGAGCCCUGAAAGCUCUGACUAAAAUUUUACAUGAGAACAGAGACGAUGUGACGGCUCUCCACUGUAAGAUAGUUUGUCUUGUGCAGAAUGGGAGCUUCAAAGAGGCGCUGAAUGUCAUGAACACUCACUCAAAGCUGCUCGGCAGUGAGGUUGUGUUUGAGAAGGCGUACUGUGAGUACCGUCUGAACAGAGUGGAAAGUGCCCUGAAGACCAUUGAGAGUGCUCCUGAACAAACAGACAAGCUGAAGGAGCUCUACGGCCAAGUGUUGUACAGACUGGAGCGCUACGAUGACUGUAAGUCCGUCUACACGGAUCUGAUCAGGAACUCCCAGGAUGAGUACGAGGAGGAGAGGAAGACCAACCUCGCUGCUGUGGUGGCUUCAAUGAGUCAGUGGGAGGAAGCUCCAUUGGAAGAUCUGGGUCUUCCUGAGUCCACGUAUGAGCUGUGCUACAAUGCUGCCUGCGCUCUGAUUGGCCAAGGACAGCUUACAGAGGCCCUCAAUAAACUACGACAAGCAGAAGAGCUUUGCAGAGUCUCGUUGGCUGACGAUUCUGAUGUGACUGAGGAGGACAUCGAGUCAGAGCUGGCUGUCAUCCAUUCUCAGAUGGCGUACGUCAUGCAGUUACAAGGUCGGACAGACGAGGCUCUGCAGCUGUACAACCAGGUCAUCAAGCUCAAGCCAUCAGAUGUGGGGCUUCUUGCUGUGACUGCUAACAAUAUCAUUACAAUAAACAAGGACCAAAACGUGUUUGACUCAAAGAAGAAGGUGAAACUGACGAACGCUGAAGGUGUUGAAUACAAGCUGGCAAAGAAGCAGCUGCAGGCAAUCGACUUCAACAAAGCCCUCCUGGCCAUGUACACUAACCAGGCUGACCAGUGCAGGAAACUGUCAUCCAGUCUUCAGUCUCAGAAUCCGGGUCACCCGCGGCCGGUCCUCAUCCAGGUUGCUCAGCUGUGCAGAGAGAAGCAGCACAGCAGGGCCAUAGAGCUGCUCCAGCAAUUCUCAGACCAACAUCCAGAGAGUGCGUCUGGCAUCAAACUGACAAUGGCACAACUCUAUUUAAUACAAGGUCACGUAACAAAAGCUUGUGAUGUUUUAAGGUCCAUCGAAGAGUUUAAGCACAAAUCAGGGAUGAUUUCAGCUCUGGUAACGAUGUACUCCCACGAAGAAGACAUUGACAGCGCUAUUGACAUUUUCAAACAAGCUAUUGGACAUUACCAGUCUGAACAGCCCGGAUCUGCUGCACACUUGGCCCUUGUACGAGAAGCUGCCAAUUUCAAACUGAAGUACGGACGGAAAAAAGAAGCCAUUAGUGAUCUGGAGCAGCUGUGGAAGCAAAACACCAACGACAUCCACACACUGGCACAACUCAUCUCAGCGUACUCUCUGGUGGACACGGAUAAAGCCAAAUCCCUCAGCAAACACCUACCGUCCGCAGACACAAUGGCCUUCAAUGUGGACGUGGACGAGCUGGAGAACUCGCACGGAGCCACGUACGUCAGGAAAAAGGCUGCAAAGGUCACAGGAGAAAACCUUCCCAAAGAACAAAGCCAAGGCGAGAUCAAAAAGAAGAAGAAGAAAAAGAGAGGGAAACUGCCCAAGAACUACGACCCCAAAGCGACCCCUGACCCCGAGAGGUGGCUGCCCAUGAGGGAGCGCUCCUACUACAGAGGCAAGAAGAAGGGAAAGAAGAAGGAGCAGAUAGGAAAAGGCACACAGGGAGCGACGGCAGGAGCUUCAGCCGAGCUGGACGCCAGUAAGACAGCCAGCAGCCCCCCUACCUCCCCCAGACCAGGGUCUGCGUCCGGUUCAUCUACAGCCGCCGCCAGCAACGUGGUCCCACCACGACAGCAGAAACCUGCAGCGUCAGGGGCCACACGCAAGAAGGCACCACAGAAGAAGAAGAAGGGAGGCAAAGGAGGCUGGUAGUCGGAGGGAGUCAACACGUGAGGCAGAGGGGCCAUGAGAUACACUCGUGUCUCUUUUUUAUGUUUCAAGUUAAGUUUUAGUUUUGUCCCCGCCAACCACCAAAAUCUGUGAAACCAAAAGCUCCCUCUGCUCGUCUGUCUUUAAUUUGUCAUGUUUAAAGAGCUGAAGAGAGAAUUUAAAGGACAGUUCCACUGAAAUUAACUUUUGGUUGCUCUGCAGAAGCAGAUAGAUCCUUAAAGUUUUUUUUACUUUGUUUUUACUCGUGACCUUCUGAGGUCGCAGUAAAAUGAGCAAAAUACUACAGUUAUGUUUUUUUCAUUAAAGGUCAGAUGAAUUGAAAAAAGCGUUCUCUUUACUCUUACCUGGUGCUUUGUUUUUAAAAUCAAAAUGACAUCCAUGAGACUGAAUUCAUUCAUCUGUAAAUGUCUAUAACAAAUAUAAAAUGUGGUAAUACUUUUUUUUUGGGGGGGGGGGGUUUAUCAUGCUAACAGCAAAUUAAUGAAGUUUCAAUUAAAUCAUUAAAAUCAUGUGAUAUCAAAAACAUUUUAGUGGGCCUUUUCAUUUUUAAUUAAUAUUGUUAAUCACACAGUUAUGAAAACAAACUUUGUUUGGUAACUUAAAGUUCAAUUGUGGGGGAGUUGUCCUUAAUGUUUCUCUGGUCUGAGUAUUAUGACAUCACACUCUGGCUGUUUGCUUCAUGUUUCCUUAAAUUGUCCCUUUACUUUCAAUCAGCUACAAAGACGCGAUGUUAAAGGAUAUUUAUUUUUGGAUCCCUGUGUUGGUCUAAAUUCAAACUAAAGAAUUUAAAUUGUUGAAUUUUGUCAGACGCAUGUUUUAGGACCAGACAGGUCGAACAGGUGUCCCCUUUUGUUAAGUCUUAAUAAAACCCUUAACAGUAA